GUGAUAAUAGUGAAACGUGCUGGGCUUCGUCUUCACAACCACACUCCCAGUGUUUGCCUUUGCUACCUCAAAGGUCGAGUCUCCCAUUGAGCGACAAGGUCAUGGCUUUUCCCAGCGCUCUCUUUUCAGAGAUGCAGUUUCAGUGCUUCAUCUGUCAGGAUGUGUUCUCUGAGCCAGUCUCCAUCCCCUGUGGUCACAGCUUCUGCUUCACCUGCAUCACAUCACACUGGGACCAAAGCCUUUCCGUCAGCUGUCCAAAAUGUCAAUCAGUCUUUGAGGGCCGCCCAGAGCUUUGUGAAAACUCUUUCGCCAAGGAGAUAUCUGAGCAGAUCCGAGCGAAAAGGCAAAACGGCAUGACAUCAGCUGUAGGAAGAUCCAUCCAUUGUGACGCAUGUGUUGGGAAGCAAACAAAGGCCCUGAAGUCCUGCCUUGUGUGUCUGACUUCGUACUGUGAGAGUCACCUGGAGCCUCACCUGAGAGUCCCAACCUUGAAGAUUCACAAGCUGAUAGAACCUGUGGCGAUGCUGGAGAACCGGAUGUGUAAAAAGCACCAAAGGCUCCUGGAGCUGUUCUGCAGGAGCGACCAAAGGUGUGUGUGUGUCCUGUGCACCGAGACUGACCACCGUUGCCAUGACACCGUCCCAGUGGAGCGAGAGAGUCAGGAGAAGAAGGCUCAGAUGAAAAGGAUCGAGGCUCACGUUCAGCAGAUGAUCCAGGACAGACUGCAGAAAGUGAAGGAGAUUAAACACUCGGUGGAGCUCAGCAAAGAGAAUUCACAGAGAGACAUAACAGAAAGCAUGGAGGUCUACGCCGCUCUGUUUCGUUACCUGGAGAGAAGCCAGGCCGAGCUGGUGGAGAUGAUCCAGAGGAAGCAGGCAGCAGCAGAGCAGAGAGCGGUGAGCCUCAUCACAGAGCUGCAGCUGGACAUCACUGAGUUGGAGAGGAGAAGAAGUGAGAUGGAGCGGCUUUCCCACACAGACGACCACCUCCAUCUUCUGCAGAGGUUUCCAGCUCUGAGUUCCUCUUCAGCCAUUAAGACCUGCUCCAACAUCGUCGUCCAUUCGGACACAUGUUUGGGGACUGUAAGGAGAAUGCUGGCCGACAUUGAACAGCAACUGCAGUCAGCUUUAAAAAAGGUUUCCAUGCAAGAGCAAGAAAAGAUACAACAGUAUGCAGCUGAUGUUCAUCUGGACCCCAUGACUGCUAACCCAUGGCUAGUUCUGUCUGAGGAUGGGAGACAGGUCCAGGAUGGAGAUGUUGAACAGAACCUGGUGGACCUGCCUAAGCGUUUUGACACGGCCCCAUGUGUGCUCGCAACCUGGGGUUUCGCCACAGGGAGGCACUACUGGGAGGUGGACGUGGGAGACAAGACAGCGUGGGACCUGGGUGUGGCACGAGAAUCAAUCAACAGGAAAGGUUUAGUCACACUGAGCCCAGAGAACGGUUAUUGGACUAUGUGUUUAAGGAAGGGCAGUGAGUACAGGGCAUGUGCAGAAAAGGCAGAUCUGCUGUGUCUCUCUCAAAGGCCGCGGGUUAUUGGAGUGUUUUUGGAUUAUGAGGACGGGACGGUGUCCUUCUAUAAUGCAGAGGCAAAGUCACACAUCUAUUCCUUUACACAGUUCAAAUUCACUGAGGCCAUGUUUCCCUUUUUUAACCCAGAAAUGAGUGACAGUGACAGUAACAAAUCACCACUCAUAAUCUGCCCUGUCAGUGGAGGAGGUGAUUUAGAUGGCAUCACAAUAUAAUAAUAUAUUAUUUGAAACCUCAGUAGCAAGAACUGAUUUAGUUUAUUCUGCCAACAAUCAUUGCAAAAGUAAAAAUCACAGAUAUGUAAUCAUGGAGUGAAAUUGUAUAUUGUGUAAAUUAUACUCAAAGUUCAUCAUCUCAAACACUUGUGCUCUCGCUUCACACAUUUCAAACACUGUCCUCUG